AUGAGACUUUUGAUUGCUGCAUUCGUUGCUGCAGCGUACGCUGCGCCACAAGGAUAUAGUCCUCCAUCCUCGGGAGGUGGCUUCUCCGCGGGAGGAGGUGGAGGAUUUUCCGGAGGAGGAUUCUCUGGUGGUGGAGGAUUCUCUGGUGGUGGAGGAACCUCUGGUAGUGCAUUCUCCGGCACGGGAGGUGGAGGUGGUGGUGGAGGAUCUGGAUAUGGAGGAGGAUGCAAUGCGGGAGAGGUUCUUCAUGUUGACGGUUCCUGUGUCGUUCCCAUAAUCUCACGCAACGUAUUUGUCUAUGACGCUCCCGAACAGCAAGAAGAAAGCGGUCCACCGCCAAGUAUUCCUCCACCAAGAAUCGACCACAACAUCCUAUUUGUUCGCGUUCCUGAGAAGGGAGCAGAGCCUGAGCCAAUCAUCGUUCCUCCACCAAGGCAACAGAGCGUGGUGUACGUCCUGAACAAGGAUGAUGGAGGAGGAGGACAGCAAGUGAUCGAAGUGACAGCUCCUCCACCAUCCAACCCUGAGGUUUACUUCGUUAACUAUGCUGAAGGAGAUAACCCUCAACUGCCCAUUGGAGUUGACCUUCAGACUGCUCUACAAGCGGCUGCCAACGGUGGAGGACAAGUCAUCAGCGGAGUCGGAGGAGCAGGUGGAUUUGGUGGCGGUUCUGGUGGUGGAUUUGGCGGUGGUUCCGGCGGCGGAUUUGGCGGAGGUUCCAGCGGCGGAUUUGGCGGUGGUUCUGGUGGCGGAUUUGGCAGUGGUUCUGGUGGCGGAUUUGGCGGUGGUUCUGGUGGCGGAUUUGGCGGGGGAUCUGGUGGUCUUGGUGGAGGUUCUGGUGGUAAUUAUGGACCUCCACCUGCUCCCUCGAACACUUACUCAGGGCCUUGA